GUCCUUCUGGCGUGCGUGGCUGGAGUUCGAAAGGUCCUCCCUGUUUCCCGGUCCUCUUGUCUCUGGUCCCCGCCGCCCACGGCUGGGUUAUCACCUCUUCUCCCUGGACUGCCCCGGGCUCCCGUGUCAUUAGAGACACAUUCCUUGUGUAUUGUACUCUGAUAGAAGACAAGAGUUCCAGAGCAUCCCAUGGAAACACAAGCUGAUUGUGUGUCUCAGGAACCUCAGCUCCUGCUUGAGAGUGCUCCACCUUCUCCCAAAGUUUCUGCUUCUCAUGAUAAGGGUAACCUGGGAAACCAGAUGCUGGCAGCUGCACUUCUAAAAGCCAAGUCCCAGGAAUUGGUGACAUUUGAGGAUGUAGCUGUGUACUUCAUUCGGAAGGAAUGGAAACGUCUGGACCCUGCUCAGAGGGACCUCUACAGGGAUGUGAUGUUGGAGAAUUACGGGAAUGUGUUUUCACUGGGCUUUCCAUUCCCAAAUCCUGAGAUAAUCUCUCACCUGGAUGGAGAAGAAGAGCCAUGGGUCCUGGAUUUGAAGGGAGCUGAAAGCCAGGGACUCCAAAGUGCCUCUUGUAUAGAUGGUGAGACCAGAACUAGGAAUGAUCAAGAAAUUUCUGAAGCUGCAGAAUCACAUGGGGUGAUACUGGGAAGAUUCCAAAAAGAUGUUCCUUCAAGUCUCAAAUUUGGAGAAGCCUGUGAAUGGGAAGGCAAUUUAGAGAGGCAACUGGGAAACUCCAUGGGGGAAAGACUGAGGAGAAAGAUGGGAGAUCUUAGACAAGUAAUAGUUGAGGAUCAGAAAAGCUCCACAGGUGAGAGAGUCCAGCAGUACAAAGAAUUUGGGAAUAGUUUUAGUCUUAAUUCAAACCUUGUUAUCCAUCAAAAAGGUUCUGUGGGAGAUAAACCCCAUAAGUGUGAUGAAUGUGGCAAAAGCUUUAAUCGAACUUCAGACCUCAUUCAGCAUCAAAGAAUCCACACAGGAGAGAAGCCCUAUGAAUGUAAUGAGUGUGGGAAAGCCUUCAGUCAGAGCUCACACCUCAUUCAGCACCAGAGAAUUCACACUGGAGAGAAACCUUAUGAAUGUAAUGACUGUGGGAAAACCUUCAGUUGUAGCUCUGCUCUUAUUCUACAUAGGAGAAUCCAUACUGGAGAGAAGCCCUAUGAAUGUAAUGAGUGUGGGAAAACUUUUAGUUGGAGUUCAACCCUUACUCAUCAUCAGAGAAUACAUACUGGGGAAAAACCUUAUGAAUGUAAUGAAUGUGGGAAAGCAUUCAGUCGGAGCUCAACCCUUAUUCAUCAUCAAAGAAUUCAUACUGGAGAGAAGCCCUAUGAAUGUAAUGAAUGUGGAAAAGCCUUCAGCCAGAGUUCACAUCUUUAUCAACAUCAGAGAAUCCACACAGGAGAGAAACCCUAUGAAUGUAGGGAAUGUGGUGGAAGAUUCACCUAUAGCUCAGGUCUUAUUCAGCAUCAGAGAAUUCAUACAGGGGAGAAUCCCUAUGAAUGUAGUGAGUGUGGGAAAGCCUUCAGGUAUAGCUCAGCUCUCGUUCGUCAUCAGAGAAUCCACACUGGAGAGAAAUCUUUGAAUGUGAUGACUAUGGGCAAAGGUUCCAUCAGAGUUGCUGCAUUAAAUAUCAGAGAAUCCAUCCACAUGAGAGAGUGAGAGUCUGCUGCCCUGGUAAAUACGUUAAAUGCAAGAAAAUGUUUGGUUAGAGCUUGUUCUUAGAGUUCUGACAGACUCCAUCCUGAGGAAUAUUCUAUGAACAUGAAACAUGUGGAAAGUUUCCUCUUAAUUGGAAUUCUGCCACCAUAAAAUGAAGUGUAUUGGGCAAGAUACCCCUACCUCUGUCCCAUCAAGGCCAAUGAAGAGGGGCCAGCAAUCUAGGUAGCUUUCCCCAGGAUUGGUUUCAGUUAGGAAAGUAAAACUCCCCAAAGAAUAGUUGAUUGAAUGCUAAACAUAAAAAGGGGCUCUGGUCCUGAUAUUUCUUGGAAAGGAGUUUACCAUUCACCAUUAUAUAUGUAACUAUACACAAGAGGAACUGUUUUGGAAGAAAGAAAGAGAUUUCAUGACCUCAUUUUCGGCAAGUAGAUUGUAGAGGUGAGGAUAUUGAUAUUGUUAGGGAGGGAAAAUGUAGGCUGUGUCUCAAAACCUAGUUUUUGUAAUAUUUACUAAAGGGAUUUCCCACCAUACCACUAAAGGAAAUGGGGGAGGGUAAUAUGGGUUCUGAGGAAUAUGGUUAUCAUCAUUCAGAGGGGGAAAGGUUUGGGUCUCAUUUCUCCUUUUGGGGAGUGUGGUAGCAGUUCUUUUCUCUUGAGCCAGGAUGGCUUUCCAAGCUUCCUGGAUUGUUUUCACAAUCCUCAUUUCCUCCCAGUACAAAUGAAAUGUUUCACUUUUUCAGUCUCUUGAAACAAAUGUUUCAGUGUGAUUGAAUGAAUAUGAAUACAUUUUUGUGAGGGUUCAAGGAUUUCUUCCCUUUCUGCCCAUCCCCUGAAUAAACAGGAAAUAUUAGCUAACUGUGGCUGUGGAUUUGACCUUUUAAAAAAUUACCCAGUUUGGCCAUACUCAUUGUCCCUUGUUUCUCCAUUCCAUUUCAGAGUCUCAGCACUUGUCAUCUGUUUUUUGUGUGUGCACAGAGCAUUGUGCAUGCACUGGGGAAGAUGAUCAAGGUUAACUGAGAGCCCUAGCCCUGGAACUUAGCCUUGUAGGAGAAAAAAACCACAUAAAUAUAAACUGUGAGGAAGUUGCCAGAUUGCUGAUAUAUUGCACUUGGAUGUUUGCAAAGUGCUUAAUGUGCUCUCAGCUUCAUAACCCUCUGAGGUAAAUUAUUCUCAUGUAACAGGAAGAAAUAGGUUGAGAGAGAUUUAAGUGUUUUUUCCUGUGGUCACAGAGCUAGGAUGAAAGGGAAAAAUUCAAGUUGAUCUGCUGUGCCUUGUGUUGAGAGGAUCUGGAGGAUCCAUAAGAGAGGAAAUGAGGAUCAGGGAAGUCAUCAAGGAAAAGUGGCAUUUGAGUUGGGCUUGAAAGUCUGCAUAGAAUUACAAUAGGGAAAAAAAAGGCAGUGGAUAGUAGGCAUAGGAAACAUUAGUAAAGGCACAAGUGGGAGGCAGAGAAGGCUGGAAAAAUAAGAUAUUGCCAGAUUGUGGAGGGUCUUAAAUGCCAGGCAAACAAGCCUGACCCUUAUUUGGCAUUAGAGAGCCACUAAAGAUUUGAUAUGGCCAGGUCUAUGCACAAGAAAUUAUUUUAUCAGAAUUAUGAAUGGUGGGUUAAGGUAGGAAAUAGUCUAGGUGGGUGAUGGUGAGGGCCUGUGAAGAUGGCCUUGAACAUAGGGAAUGGAUUUGAGAGUUGUUUCAGAGAUAGGAUUAGUAAGAUUUCAUUAACUGAUUAAUUAGAUAUGAAAGGUAAGGGAAAGAAGGAAAAAAAAUAAGAUUCUGAACAUUAGAGGCUGCAUGAGUACGGGUGCCACAGGUAGAAAUAAUGAAGCUAGAAGAGGAACAGGCUUAGGGGGAAAGAAUAAUAUGCUUAGUUUUCACCAUGCUGAGUUUGAGGUACUAGUAAGUAACCUUUGUGUGCCUUUAAGAUGUGCAUCUAAAACUUGUAGAUCAGAAUUAGAAAUAGAGAUUUGGGGGUAACCUGCAUAGAGGUAAGAAUAAGAUUAUAGGAAAGGGGGCCGUGGACAGGCACUUAAAACACCCACAUAAAGGGUCAGAAAGGAGAUAGGAGAAUCAGAUGAGGACUGAACAAAGGCCAUUGGUUUUGUGAUAAGCAGGUCUUUGGUAAUCAUUGGGAUCUCAGUGUCAGGAAAGUGUUGCUUUUGGAAAACAAAUAUAUUUUGAGUAAAAUGGAAUGUUAAGUGGAUGAAAGUAGAAGAUGUAGGAAGGCUUUUUUUAAAAAAUUUUAGGAUGAGAUAAGAUUAAUUAUGGUGAUAAUAAUAGGCAGCUGGGGAUAAAAAUAAUGAUAGGCAGGUGGGAGGGAGUCAUUGGAGAAAGAGGAGCCAAGUCGAAGAUUGGGGAUGACUGAUGGAUUAAGAGGCAGAAGAGAGCUUUCCAGCCUGUCAGGUUGAGGAUAAUGCGGAUUUUAAUAAAUAAUUUAUGGAAGAAAUGGAAAAAAAGCAGGUUACAAUACUGAGAAUACUGAAAACUGGAGAGGAGGGAUCCUGACAGUUUGUGUCAGAUGGCCUCAGUCUUUAGCGGAGUAUAGGGGAAAGACGCUUGAUAUAAGUGAGUUGGGAAUGUGACGGGCAACCAGAGUGAAGGGAGGAUUGGGAAUAGUUGUGCUUAGGGAAUGAGGCAAUUUAAGGUAGAGUUGGACUGUCAAGAAUUCAAGCAUUAGCUAUGAAGCCCAGCUAAAGUUCUUGAUCUUAAAUUUUGUAUUUUUUUUUGGUAUUAUCUAGAACUGGAAGGGAACUUUAGGAGUUACCCAGUCCAAGCCCAACAAUUAAAGGUUGAAUUUAAAUCCUACUCUCUGACUCCAAAUCCAGGUGUUCUUUCUACUAAACCAUACUACAUUGUGCACCUGUUUGUCACAAUACUCCUCUGACAUGUGUUUGACACUAUUAAUAUGAAUUUACACACAUUUUUGUACAUAUUGAACUGUCCCCCUAUUCUUAACUCAAUCCUUGCUCACCAGUACUCUUAAUGGAACAGUGGUAGGACAAAGACUACAAGCCUUAGGUAAAAAAGGGUUGCCACUGGGUUUGGUUGAGGCCAAGAAGUUUAAAAGGAGCUUCCAGGUAACAACAGGCAUCUUUGGGAUUUUGGCUUGGCUGCCCAGUUCAGAAGUUUUGGUUGUUGAUGGGAGUAGUUAAUGCAGUGAUGGGGACCAAAGCCUAAGAAGACAGGUUGGUAAUUCAGAUAGAUUUCUUUGAAGGGUUUCUGAUCUGGGUGUCAUCCUGAAUGCUGACUUUAUAACUAAUAUACUUUGCCUUGACAAUUAACUAUAAUUAGACAUUUGGACACUUAAAGUCAUUCAAAUGCAUAAUAUGUGUACAGCACUUUGCUAGACUUUAUAAGGGAUACAGAGAUGUAAAAGACAUCCUUGUCUUCAAGGGAAGGAAAGAAUAAUUAUGUAUAAUGAAAGCAGUAAAUUGAAUGGUACAGAAUAAAAAUGCUAGAGGCCAGAAAGUGGAGCAGUUAA